CUUUUCCUGUGACGUCGCACUAGCAUCUAAUGCUACACGCGGGAAACAGGCUCAUCACAGUGACAAUCAUCAGCCUGUAUCCAAGAUGGGAGAUACACUGGAGUUCAACGAAAUUUACCAGGAGGUUAAAGGCUCCUGGAAUGAUGGGCGGUUGCGUUUCAGCAAACAGAAUGUGGUUUAUAAGAGCAGCAAGACGGGAAAAGUGGACAACAUCCCAGCUGCUGAGCUCAGCCUGGCUCAGUGGAGGCGUGUGUGUUUAGGUCAUGGCGUCAAACUGGCCACCAGCACAGGACACGUCUACAAGUAUGACGGCUUCAGAGACACGGACUUUGAGAAGAUCUCAGAGUUUUUCAAGGCUAACUACAAAGUGGAACUGGCAGAGAAGGAUAUGUGUGUGAAGGGUUGGAACUGGGGCACAGCCAAGUUCUCAGGCCCACUGUUAUCAUUUGACAUCAGUGACAGCAGUGCGUUUGAAAUCCCGCUGUCCAACGUUUCCCAGUGUGCCACUGGGAAAAACGAGGUCACUCUCGAGUUUCACCAGAACGAUGACGCUGAGGUCUCCCUCAUGGAGGUCCGAUUCUAUGUCCCACCUAGUCAGGCUGAUGAACGGCAAGACCCUGUGGAGGCUUUUGCUCAGAAUGUGCUGUCGAAGGCUGAUGUGAUUCAGGCUACCGGAGACGCCGUGUGUAUCUUCAAGGAGCUGCAAUGUCUUACACCCAGAGGACGAUACGACAUACGCAUCUACCCCACCUUCCUCCACCUUCACGGUAAGACCUUUGACUACAAGAUUCCCUAUACUACCGUCCUUCGUCUAUUCCUGCUACCGCACAAGGACCAGAGGCAGAUGUUCUUUGUGAUUAGCCUGGAUCCCCCCAUCAAGCAGGGUCAGACUCGUUACCACUUCCUUAUUCUCCUCUUCUCCAAAGAAGAAGACAUCGUCCUCUCUCUCAACAUGAGCGAGGAGGAUGUGGAACGCCGUUUUGAGGGCAAACUUACUAAGAACAUGUCGGGGUCUCUCUAUGAGAUGGUGAGCAGGGUGAUGAAGGCCCUGGUCAACCGCAAAAUCACUGUGCCUGGGAACUUCCAGGGCCAUUCUGGAGCUCAGUGCAUCACAUGCUCCUACAAGGCAUCCUCUGGCCUCCUUUAUCCCCUAGAGAGGGGCUUCAUAUAUGUCCACAAGCCCCCUGUGCACGUCCGUUUUGAGGAGAUCUCCUGCGUCAACUUUGCCCGAGGCACCACCACAACACGUUCAUUUGACUUCGAGAUCGAGACCAAGCAGGGAAAUCAGUACACAUUCAGCAGCAUUGAGAGAGAGGAGUACGGCAAACUGUUUGACUUUGUCAAUGCCAAGAAGCUCAACAUCAAAAACAGAGGGUUCAAAGAGGGCAUGAAGGGUAACAUUGAUGAGUACAGCGACUCAGAUGAUGACCAGCAUGAUGCCUACCUGGAGAGAAUGAAGGCUGAAGGCAAAAUCAGGGAGGAGGGCAAUGAUAGUGACGACUCAGAUGGUGGAAGCGAUGAGUCAUUCAACCCCGGGGAGGAAGAUGAUGACGUUGCAGAAGAGUAUGACAGUAAAGCAUCAGCAAGUGACAGUAGUGAAGAAGAGGAGGAUGAAAGUGCAGAUGACAGCAGAAAGAAGAAAAAUCCCAAAAAAGUCAAAGUAGUGAAAGAGAAAAAAGAAAGAAAACCACGUAAAGAGUAGAAGAAGCAGGACACCGGUGGCCCUAAGAGGCCUAUGAGUGCCUACAUGCUGUGGCUGAACUCCAGCCGUGAGCGCAUCAAGUCAGAAAACCCGGGUAUCUCCAUCACAGAAAUAUCCAAGAAAGCUGGAGAAAUGUGGCGACAACUAGGCAAGGACGAGAAGGAGGAAUGGGAAACCAAGGCAGGAGAGGCGAAGAGGCAGUAUGACAAAGCUAAGAAAGAAUACAAAGAGAGUGGUGGAGGAUCAUACUCCACUUCCAAGAAAGAGAGCAAGAAAUCAGGAGGUAAGAAGGAAGAGAAGAAAAGGAAAUCUGCUGGUGGGGAGAAGGACAAGGAGCGAGGAGGCAAUGACAGCUUCAAGAGCAAAGAGUUCAUCGAGACCAGCGAGGAGAGUUCGUCAGAUUCUGACCGCAAGAGUAAACCCAAGAGAAAGAAGGAAUCGGAUGAGGAGGAGCAGGCGGCGUCCACACCCCCCUCUUCAGAGCAAGAGUCUGACUAAACGCACUCAUCUGUAUUCUCUGGACACACGGACAUACCAAGGACCAAACAUUUAAACUUGUCACAAAACACGAACUGGCAGACAAAUCAACAAGACUUUUUUUUUAAUUAUUAUUACAUAUUUUAGGAGAUCCCCCACCCCUCAUGUGGGUGUACUUCAUUUCUCAUGGGUUAGGGUUUAUGUUGCUGAGGCAUAGCAGAUUUUUGAUAAGUUGUCUGUGUAGAAAUCCACAAAUCCUGUUUGUGUUUUCUGUUUAUCUAUGUCAAGUUUUCAGGUUGAAAUAAAUGAAUCUUUUUAAAA